GGCAGGUUCCUGGGACAGCCGGAGGGCCACGCAGAAAGAAGAGCAGAGUGGGACAGGGCUGGCAGGGCUGGGGCAGGGAAGGAAAAAAGAGAGAAGGGGAGGAAAAGGGAAGGGAAGGGAAGGGAAGGGAAGGGAAAGAAGGAGAGGGGGAGGGGCCAGGGCUAGCGGUUAUUCAGGGCGGGCAGUUCAAACCCAAGAGAGGGAAAGCAGUGGCGGCCCCACGCUAACUGGGAUUGGGGGUUGCCAUAGCCAGAGCAUCCCUGGGGCCGAAGCGUGUGGCUCUGUCCCUACCACACCCUUCCCCAUCACUCUGCUCCCUCCGCCCCCUUCUCCUUUUCCCUCUUGCCUACUUCCAAGCUCAGCAGCUUCAGCUGCUGCCAUUCAUCCAUCCCAGGGGAGGCAGGAGGAGUCUGCUCUUGGGCUUUGUAGUCUCUAGUUGGCCGGGGGCGGGGGACCCCAGGCUGCUAGGGCUGCUGCAGCAGUAGGGGAGCAGGAUUCCUGGGAGUCCCCCCCUCCCCGCCCCCAGUUUGUUUUCUAGGUGCUGGAAAAGGGUGAGAUGCGUUGAAGUUACCUGCUGCCUCCUGCCUCCUCUAAUCUCCCUCCAUUGCAGGUGAAGAAACAGAAGCCCCAAGAACUGAAGUGAUUUGCCCAAGAUCAUACAGGUAAUUGAUUUACAGAAAUCAAGAUUCUGAAGAUGUCAGACAGCCCCUCCAUCGAAGCUAGUGGUGCUUUAAGAAAUGGGGUGGAAUCCCCUAAUGUCAGCUUCAAGUUUUCCAGCUUUGGAAGCCUCUCAACCACAUCUUCAUUCCAGGACAGUGGCUACAGUGACUCCCUGAAGGCUUCUAGUUUUGACUAUACGGAUGUGGAAAACAGGGGAAAAAAUGCAAAAGGCUCAUCAUCCUCGCAGGAAUACUCUGAAAAUUCUAGCCUGGGUCUCACCUGUUCUGUGGACUCUCCCAUUGAAAAAAAGAACUCUAGCUCUUUUUUUAGGAAGGAGGCGAAUGAAGAUAUAGAACUUGGUGAAACCCCCAAAAUCACUAAGAAGAAAACAUUUUUCCGUAGAAGGUUAAAUAUAACAAAUAUUGUUACAAGAGGGGACACAGAACAUUUUGGUACCCAAAAUUGUUCUCUAGAAAACUAUGCAAAAACACCACCUGUAUGCGAACUUCACAGUUUUGAAGAUAGAAUUUCAAAAAGUGUUUUGGAGUCCCCAAGACAAACCAUUUUCUCUCCUGUGGCCACUAGCACUUUAAAAGCAGAUGAAGUCACUUCCAGUGUUCAAAAAUUGAGACUUUCUUUUUCUCAGCAUAAAACUUCCACAAUUGAUGAUUCCAAAAGUGACUGUAGCCUAUUUGAAGUUGAGUGUAUAUCUCCAAUUCAGGGAAGCAGCCAUACAAAUGCUCUCACCAAUGACUUUGGGGAUAGCAUUUUAAGUAUUAAUGGAGAGAAUGCAGGUCCUGAACUGCUGGGAUCAUCUAGUGAAGCAUUCAGCGAGACAAAUGAGGAUAUAUUUGUAACCCCAAUCAGUAACCUGGUAGCAAACAUUAAGUUUGGUGGUUAUAACCCAGCUGAGGUGAUAGAUAAUAUUUCCACACCGGAAGAUAGUGGUUUUAAUUCACUGGGUCUGGAUAAGUCCCAAGAUUCUUUCUCUGACCAUGAGGGUUCAUUUCAAGAACUAUUUCAGAAAUCCCAGGGAACUGGGAAAGCUUUGAGCACUAAGAAAAAGCCAAGAAACGUAGGCAGAGUGAGAAGACUGUCCACCCUUCGGGAGCGUAGUUCACAAUCUGAAACAGAAGAAGAUAAGCCCUUUGUGAAUUCUGGCUUUAGAGCAAAAAUCACAGCAGCUUCUGGCAUUUCUCCAAAUGAACAGAUUGAUAAUAAUAGUGGAGAUUCGAUUUUAGGUUUUACGGAUUUAUCAAAGACACCUGCUUUACAACUGGUCCAUGAGAUCAUCAUGAAAAACAAAAGGAAAAAAUUUCAGCAAACUAGUGUGCGAAGCCGUCUAAGGGAUAUACAGGGGGGAGAAGUAUCCUUAUUGGAAUAUGUGCUUGCAGGACUUAUUGGCAAGAAGAUGGGCCUGGAAAAACUGGACAUCUUAACAGAAUUAAAAUUUAGAAACUUAAAACAUAUUCUUGCUAUAAUAUUAGGUGCCUUGACAGUGGAAAAUCUAUGCAGUGUUUGGAGAGUAAGCAAAAAUUGGCGUGAAAUUGUUGUGCAAGAUAGAAAAGCAAAUCAAAGGAGGAAAUUUUAUAUGCAACAACUGAAGGCAGAUUCCAGGGGGAAUAUAUUAUGUGUUGAGGAUGCUGCAACAAGGCUCAAUCUUUUAAACAGAUCAGCUCUGAAAUCUGUGCAAGCUCAAGCUAGGACACCUGGUUCUCAAAAAGAGGAAGUUUCCACACCAUCUCCCUGGGGACAAGUUUUAACACCCAAAGAAUGCAGCUCUGUGACUCUGUUACCUAGCAAACAGGAAGAAUAUGUGAAGGUUGCCAAAACACUUUUUAUUGAUGAAGCAUUAAAACCUUGUCCAAGGUGCCAGUCCCCAGCUAAAUACCAACCAAUUAAGAAACGGGGACUGUGCAGUCGAGAAGCCUGUGGUUUUGACUUUUGUGUGUUAUGUCUGUGUACAUACCACGGGGCAGAAGAAUGUAGUAGUAGAUCUGCAAAGCCACGAAAUAAAAGAGAUGCUCUUCCAGGAAGCGCUCAGAGCAAGCGCAACUUAAAAAGACUUUAAAAGAAGCAUUCCUCCCUCUCCUCUUCCACCCCCAUUUUGGUAUUUUGGCUUUGUCUAACUUGUAAUUAUGAACAUUUUGAAAGUUCCCAGAUCUUCUCCCUAAUGACAGUUGAUGAUUUCUUUUCCCUCUUGUGUACAUAGAGUCUCAUUCUUUGUAUGAUUUUAGUAAGGUUGUAAAAACUAUGAAAGAACGCAUUUCUUUUCAUGUAAUCUUUUAUCCAUUUACUUUUAAUAAUUCAGUGUUUUUAAUAAUAAAGCAUUUAAUGCUCUUUCAUAUAUGUGUAUUUUAAUGUUGAAAAUGAGAUCUUACAUGUCAAAUGGCCUCUUCAAAUCAUAUUUUUUAAAAUAGUUCCCAAAUGAUAAAUGAAUUUUUAUCUUGUACAGAUUAAUUCUAUAGAUUUGGGUAAUGGACAUGUAAAUAAAAUGAAAUAUAAAUAAAAUGUUUUGAGAAAUUAUUUUGAAUUUAUCCCAUUAUAACUUUCAUCUUUUUUUCUGAAUCAUCUAGUAGGUAGCAUACUUGCUAGGAGUCAUCUGUAUGAAGGGAAAUUUCUAUUACUAUUGAUAUAAUUAAGUGAUAAAAGCAAAAAAACCCUAAUUUUGCCUAGAAUGGUAGUUGGUGAGAAAUCUUAGUUCAGCAAAAAGAAAAAUGUAUAAGUUGUGAAUUUUAAAUGUUUGAACAAAACCCAAAGUAUUUGAGAUUUUGCUUAUAUAAUGUGACUUGAUUUUUAAUAAUCAGAAUACCCUUAUUAGUUUGAAAAAUAUGAAAGGUUUCAGGUAUAAAACCACUCUCAGGAAUAUUAAACUUUAAUCCAGAACAGUUUACAAGUAGGAAAAUACUUGAAGAUAAUUUUAUAAUUCUUUGACAACUGAGACAACCAAAUUAUAAAGAAUUUUUAAAUAACUGAUCUUGUCUGGAAUGAUUCAAAAUGUAGCAGUUUUGGUACUUAGCA